AUGACCUCACGCUGGCUCAGAGCCCUUGCCGCGACCGCCCUCGCCGCCGCCGUCACCGCGCCCUCCCUUGCGCAGGGCGAGGAGGCGUGGGACGACGAGUUCCCCUGGGUGCGCGUGGGCGAGACGGGAUCGCGGAUCCUCCGCCUGGGCGUCGGCUACCGCGUGUACGAGCGUGAGGGCGGCCCGAAGCUGACACUCGUCGGCGCGGUGCACAUCGCGGAUGCGCGGUUCUACGACGCGGUGGAGAACAAACUCGAGGCCCACGACGUCAUCCUCUUCGAGGGCGUCGGCCCCCCGGGGAGCGGCGAGGACGCGCAGGACCUGACCCCGCGCGAGAAGAUCGACUGGACCGAACGCCGCGUGCGUCUCCUCGCGAUGCUCGCCGAGCAGGUCCGCGACGCCGACGGGCUCUACCCCGCGACGCUCAAGGAGAUGAGAUCCGCCCUCAGCGACCGCGAGGCGAGCUGGGUGGAGAACGCCUCGACCGACGCCUGGGGCCACGCGAUCGCGUACUCGCUCCUCGACGGCGAGCCCGAGAUCGUCAGCACAGGCUCGGACGGCAAAGAGGGCGGGCGCGGCGACGCGUCGGACAUCAAGCUCAGCGACAUGCCCCCGCUCUCCGCGGCCGAGCGCGGCGAGGAGCCGGGCAUCCAGAAGCGCCUCGCGGAAACGUUCGGCCUCACCUUCCAGCUCGACGAGAUGGCGCACGAGGGCGAGAAGUACGUCAAUUCCGACCUCUCGCUCGACGAGGUCGACCGCCUGAUUCGUGCGGGCGGCGGCGACGGCACGAUGAUCUUCGACAUGAUCGGCGGCGAGGGGCUCUUCACCGCGAUCACCGGCUUCGUCCUCGACGUCAUCGAGGCGAUGCCGGGCGUGGCGGUGCGCGGGAAGGUCAUGCUCAUGGAGAUGCUGGGCAGCUCGGAAGAGAUCUUCGAGUCCGGCGUCCCCGGCAUGGAGGGGCUCAUGGAGGUGCUCAUCGAGAGGCGCAACGAGCGCGUGAUGGACGACCUGGCGCGUCUCCUCGACUCCGGCGAGGCGUUCGAGAACGGCGUCGCGAUCGUUUACGGCGCCGGGCACAUGCGGGACAUGGAGGCGCGGCUCCGCGAUCGCUUCGGGUACGAGCCUGCGGACCAGGGCUGGCUCACGGCGAUGCGCGUCGACCUCAACCGCGAGGGCAUCAGCCAGACCGAGAUGAACUUCAUGCGGAUGAGCAUCCAGCAGCAGCUCGCGAUGAUGCGCGAGGCCCUGCGGGCGAUGAAAUGGCGCGUCGAGCGCUCGAUGCGCUCGCUCGACGGCGGCGAGACGCUCCACGAGUACCACACGAUCGAGGCGCCGGAUUUCGUGAGCGUCGCCCCGGUCUCGGGCGACGGGCACGUCCUUAUGGUCCGCCAGUUCCGCCACGGCAUCGAACGCGACGCGCUGGAAUUCCCGGGCGGGCUCGUCGACCCCGGUGAGGACCACGCGGUCUGCGCGGCUCGCGAACUCCGCGAAGAGACCGGCCACGAGGGCGAGGUCGAGCUCAUCGGCGAGUUGUGGCCCAACCCCGCGAUGAUGAACAACCGCUUGUGGGUGUACGCAUCCAGAGAUAUCCGUCGUGUGGGCGAGCCGGAUCUGGAGUCGACGGAGGACAUCCGGCUCGUGCGCGUGCCGCUCCGCGAUCUGUCCCGGAUGGCGCGCGACGGCUCGAUCCGCGGGGCGAUGCAGGUGGCGAUCGUUCACCUGGUGAUCGGCUGGAUGGGCAGAUCGCCCAUGCGCCGCUACCGACUGUUCUCGCUCAUCGCCGCCCUCGCGCUGCUCGCCUGGGCGGCGCCUCGGCUCCACGCCGACGUCGUCGUUCUGAACACAGGCGAGCGUCUCUACGGCGAGGUGACCUCGCAGGACGGCGACGGCGUUGUGCUCGAGCACCCGGUGCUCGGCACCCUGACACUUAGCGCGGGCGUCGUGAACCAGGUGAUCCUGACGGACGACGCGACGCCCCCCGCGCCCGAGGAGGCCGCCGAGCAGGACGCCACGCCCGACGACGCCGAGCCGACCCCGGCCGAGGAGGUCGUCGAGGCGGUGACCGAGGUGCUCAAGCCGGCCCCGGAGUGGGAGUCGCGUCUCGAUGUCGGUUUUUCGAUCUCGGAGGGCAACACGGAGAACUCGAACCUGACGAUCUCGUUCAAGACGGUGCGUGAUUCGGAGAAGGAGAAGACGACGAUCGACGCGGCGUACUACUUCGCGGAGGAUUCGGGCGAGGAGAGUGAGAACAAAGCAACGGUCGGCCUCAACCACGACUGGAAACUCCCGGAUUCCCCGUGGCUGUAUUUCGCCCGCGGGCGGUUCGAUUACGACGAGUUCAACUCAUGGCGCCGGCGCAUCACGGCCGGCGGCGGUGUUGGCUAUCAGUUCUACGACGAGGACGACUUCACACUCACCGGCCGAGCCGGUCUCGUGGCGGUCCAGGAGUACGAGUCCGACCGCGACGACGUCCGCCUCGAGGGUUUGCUGGGCGUCGAUCUGACGUGGCAGAUCGACAAAACGCAGGCGUUCGAGCUGUCCUCGACGUACUUCCCCGAUUUCGACGAGACGGGGGAGUUCCGCCUCCUGACGGACGCGAAGUGGACGCUGAACCUUCCCCAGUACGAGGGCGCGAGCAUCUUCGUGGGCGUCCGUCACGAGCACCAGUCGGUGGUGGACCCCGGUCGAGAGAACGACGAUCUGCUGGUCGUCGGCGGCCUGGGGAUCGAUUUCUGA